AUGGGAAAGAUCAUCUUCUUCGAGGACAGGAACUUCCAGGGCCACUGCUACGAGUGCAGCGGAGACUGCGCCGACCUACACACCUACUUCAGCCGCUGUAACUCCAUCCGAGUUGACAGCGGCUGCUGGAUGCUAUUUGAACGCCCCAAUUAUCUGGGCCACCAGUAUUUUCUGAAGAAGGGAGAGUAUCCUGACUACCAGCAAUGGAUGGGCUUCAGCGAUUCCAUCAGGUCUUGUAAAGCUAUCCCACAGCAAAGGGGCCCCCACAAGAUAAAGAUCUAUGAGAAGGAGGAGUUUAGAGGUCAGAUGCUGGAGGUUUUGGAAGAUUGUCCCUCUGUCUCUGAGCUCUUCAAAUACCACGACAUCAACUCCUGCAAUGUGGUUGACGGUCACUGGAUCUUCUAUGAGCAGCCCAACUACCGUGGAAGACAGUACUUCCUGAAGCCUGGGGAAUAUAGGCGCUUCAGUGACUGGGGAGCCCUGAACGCCAGAGUCAGCUCUAUGCGACGAGUCCUGGAUGUCUGCUGAAU